CACUGCGAACGAUACCAAACCGUAACAAUACCAACCCUCUUCACGGCUUGUGCGUACGCCACACCACAGCGCCACUCAUCCGGCCAGUCGGACGACGCGUCGCUUCCCUCCUAGCAGCGCGAGACCGCGUGGCGAGGCGCUGGCGCACCACGAGCGCGACGACUUCCACCCACCUCAUCUCCGAUCUCUACGAGGACGACUACGACGCUGCCCGGCUUCGUGCCUGCUCUACUCCACCCCUCCUAACAACCGUUCCAACGCCGCGCCAACAUGUCUGAGCGAAAGGUUCUCACCAAGUACUACCCCCCGGACUUCGACCCCAGCAAGAUCGGAAGGCAGCGCAAGCCCAAGGAUGCCGGUCCCAAGGUCCAGACCGUCCGCCUUAUGGCGCCCUUCUCCAUGUCGUGCCAGAAGUGCGGCGAGUUCAUCUACAAGGGUCGCAAGUUCAACGCCAGGAAGGAGCACACCGAGGAGAAGUACUAUGCGAUCACAAUCUACCGCUUUUACAUCCGCUGCACCAGAUGUUCCGCCGAAAUCACAUUCAAGACCGACCCCAAGAACAUGGACUACACAUGCGAGCGCGGCGCAAAGCGCAACUUCGAGCCAUGGCGAGAAGCCAAGCUCGCCGAAGAAACUGAAGAAGAGCGACUGGACCGGCUCGAGCGCGAGGAAGCGGAGCGCGACGCGAUGGCGGAGCUAGAAACCAAGACACUGGACGCGAAGACGGAGAUGGCGAUCGCAGACGCACUGGACGAGAUCCGCACGCGCAAUGCGCGUAUCGAGCGCGGCGAGUUCUCGGUCGAAGCGAGCGCGGAGAAGCCGGCGCAGGAUCUGGAGCGCGAGCGCCAGGAGCGCGAGGACGAGGAGGCCGCGAAGCGCGCGUUCGAGACUGAGACUGGGGAGCGGGUGAGACGGCUGGGCGAGCCGGAGCAGGAGGGGGGAGAGAGUUCGGCUGCUGCUGCUAAGGGCGCGGCUGCUAUGCCUCCGCCUCCGAGCUUUAAACGCGCGCCCAAGAAGAAGAAGGACUUGAGCGCCGCGCUGGGGAUCAAGAAGAAGGGACCUCUAGUUUAAAUGCGGGGUGGGGUGGGGAGGUGAGGAGGGGGAGUUCGGGGAGCUGUAUAUAUAUCAAGAAGAAGGCAAGCGCACAAAGGAGCCCAGGAGAGACGGAGUUAAGGCGCAGGACAGGUCUAUCCAGAGAAUGUACGAUAUCACGAACACCAGCAACAAGCAAACCGCAUGAUAUUAUGUCCAUUCACCGCG